AUGCCUCCGCUAGAUGACCGGCCAUGCACUUCGCCGUCUCUUUUGCAACCUCACUCGCAACUGCAGCCGUCAUCGCCCACUAAGCAGAGCUUUUUGCGCAAGCUGCUGGCCCGAUCGGGGAGCUCCCGGAGCUCAAAGUCGUCAGCCUCGUCCGUUUCCGCCGACCAGCAAGGCUCCACGCCCAUCUCUGGCUCCGGCCUCGUCAAGCGCCUGUCCAGGAGAGUCGUGCCCGGCCUGCCUCGAUCACAGACAUUCAAGCGCCAGCUGUCAGAGAGCAGAGAGCACCUUGCUCCUGUAGAACCUUCAGCCGAGGAGCGGAGAGCGGCCUCGGUCGAUAGACGUACUCACUUUCCGCAAAAGCCCGGCCGGCGAAGCUCAAGAGCUCACGUCGACCCUCGUUCCAGUGCGCCCAGCUUCUUUGGCGAGCCGCUUCACGAGACCAACUCAAACUAUGCCCAGUCGCUGCCAAUCGACCUUGCCGAAUUGGAGGCGGCUGUCUCAAAUUAUUCAGACAGGCCGCAGGACGCGGCCGCGAGCGACGUUGACGGCACCGAGGCUGACGAUGCCGACGACGAGUAUACCGCUCAGGACGGUGCAUCAGUGGCCGACUCCCGCUCCGUGACGGCGUCACAAUACGAAGCCAUGAUUCACGACGAGCUCGAAAGGGAAUGGAUUCUCAACUUGAGCAUGCACUUUAGAGAUCGGUCGAAGCGGGAAAAGUUUUUUGUUACGUACCGCGAGCAAGACUACAUGUGGCGUCGCGUCACCAUAUCGCUCGACUAUCGCGAUGCGCCCGAAAACUCUCUCGAGUGGGAGCUUAGCCACACCAAAUACCAGAGAGAUAAGAGCGCCAAGAUAUAUGAAGCCAUCCGCGAGAGCCUGCCAGAUAUCCAGUUCUACGACACGGUGACUAACCUGAAGCUCGAGACGACGGAUGGGAGGUUGCAUGUCCACGUAGUAGAAGAUGGCAAUGAAAUCAUCCACUAUCCGUCCGUCAGCCAGAUUCGGCACCUAGGGUGCAGGCGAGUCAAAGAACGAGACAUUGUUUUCGACUCCCACAUGUCUGGCUUUGUCUACAAGGUCAGCGUCAAUGGCAACAUGCUGAUCAAGAAAGAGAUUCCCAGCCCCGACACCGUCGAGGAGUUUCUCUACGAGGUCAAUGCGCUCAACGGUCUGCGUUUCUCCAGGCACGUCAUUGACUUUUACGGUGUUGUUGUGGAUGACAAUGACGAGCACGUCAAGGGACUCCUCAUCAGCUUUGCCGGCCAAGGCGCCUUGAUCGACAUCAUCUUCGAGAACUGCAAGGAAAACAACAUUGGUAUCCCCUGGGAGACUAGGGAGAGGUGGGCAAGGCAAAUCGUCCAGGGACUGGCCGAUGUCCACGAGUCGGGCUUUGUUCAGGGAGACUUUACUCUGUCCAACAUUGUCAUUGACGACGACGGCGAUGCCAAAAUCAUCGACAUCAACAGGCGCGGCUGCCCUGUCGGCUGGGAGCCUCCAGAGGCCACGGCGCUGAUUGAGUCCAACCAACGUCUCUCCAUGUACAUUGGGGUCAAGUCGGACCUGUAUCAGCUCGGCAUGGUGCUCUGGGGACUUGCCAUGCUUGAGGAUGAGCCCGAGACCCAAGGCCGGCCGCUGAUUCUUGGCCCCGAGAUCAACGUGCCCGACUGGUAUCGACAGAUGACGGAGAUUUGCCUCAGCGACGACCCGCGACUGAGACUGCAGGCGGCAUCGCUACUUCGAAUGUUCCCACACGCCCUCCCUGGUGACGGGCACAGCGAUGCUUUGCACUCGGACCAGGAGCCUGUCCACAUGGAUAACGGCGCCGUGGCGCACGACUAUUCCUCUGAAGGCUACGAAGUCGACUCCCACCUUGCAGCAAGGGCAGCGCGGCCUGUCAACGACUGGUCCUACUCAGGCUCGGCAUAUGCUGAGAGCGGGCUUAUGCCCUAUGAUCAGAACUACUCCGCGCGAGGCCGGUCUCCCCCAAGCCCGAUGCCCAGUGACGUGGACGUUAAUGAUCCAGCGUAUAAGUCAGGCUGGGCAGCAAACAGGAAUAUUGCCCCAUCAUACAGUGAUAGCGGAGAGAGUUAUGUGUUGCCGGACGAAUACGACAUACAGCGACACCCUACCCCCCCGACCCCUUCAGCCGGGAAGUUUCUGAAUAUCAGCGACCGACGUUCGCGGCCAAUUGAGCAGCUCAGCUCCUACGAAAGCACCGACUACUUUACGGCAGUAGAUGACGAGGCUGAUAGGACAGCGAUUGGUCUCGUUCCAGGGGCCCCCGAGUCUAGUUGGGGAGGGUCAGCAGCCCACGUCGAUGCAGAGGACGAACCUACACCAGUUCCUGCCGUUGUUGUUACCGAGUCACCCCUAGACUCAGUAGCUCAGCCGGGAAGCCCCAAAUCCCAACACGAGAGAUGCCAGGAGAAGGUUGACCGUGAAGGAGACAACAAACAAGAGUCAGCCGCUGAUAUGCGCUUCACCGCCCAAAGGACGCAUAGCACCCGAAGUGUCGAUGCUUCGACACCGAGGUCAAGGUCAAGUGGGAGACUCAAGCUUACCAAGAACGCUGCCAACAUCAAGGUCAAGCGGCUCCGGAAAGCCACGAGAGUUGAAGAUGGCUAUGGUUCAUCUUCUCCUCACCCAACGCCGCAGCAUACAGAGGUACCUAACACGCCCAUAUCGGCAGAGCCCCCAACAGGCUCCAGACUGGGUGAUGGGGUAGCUCAUCGGGUUACAACGCCGGAAACGGAGUCGGAGCCUGAUUAUAUCGCCUCGCGGUCACCAGGCUUCAAGUCUCCCGACCCCAGGCAAGGCUACAACGCCAGCGAUGCGCAGAGGGCCGGACAACUGAUCAACGGUGGCAACCAGACGGAAGCAGGACUUGGAUAUCCGCGACACGGGCCCAUGCACGUCUCGCUGACGGGCAUCGGAGCAGCUCAUUUGGGGCUUGAGGGAGAGCUGUUGCAAGAGAAGGGACUUAUCGAUGACGAAUUUCAACUAAUGACGCGGCCCGAAGCAGCGGCGCCGCUUAUGAUUACGACAGAUGCUCAGACAUGA